AUGACAAUCUUCUACAACCAACCAAGCAACUUUGAAUUCCCAAUUGAAUUCUUCAUUGAGGAGGUUGCACCAAGAAAACACGUUAAUACAGCACCUUCGACGUCUAAACCACGCCUUGAUUUGUUAGAAUAUGAAAAUUCAUAUGAAGCAAGAUUGAACCUUGCAGGAUACAAGAAGGAGGAAUUGGAUAUAUCAAUACAUGACCAUAAAAUAACUGUGAAGGCUACUCAUCCAGCUGAAGAAGACAAAGAUAACGGAUUCAGCUACUUGAUCAAUGAGAGUCGUCUUAAACACACAAUGACAAUCUUCUACAACCAACCAAGCAACUUUGAAUUCCCAAUUGAAUUCUUCAUUGAGGAGGUUGCACCAAGAAAACACGUUAAUACAGCACCUUCGACGUCUAAACCACGCCUUGAUUUGUUAGAAUAUGAAAAUUCAUAUGAAGCAAGAUUGAACCUUGCAGGAUACAAGAAGGAGGAAUUGGAUAUAUCAAUACAUGACCAUAAAAUAACUGUGAAGGCUACUCAUCCAGCUGAAGAAGACAAAGAUAACGGAUUCAGCUACUUGAUCAAUGAGAGUCGGUCAUCAUCGAUCGCUAGCCGGACAUGGAAACUGCCAGAACAUGUCACAGAAGACAAUAUCCAUGCUUCCUACACUGAUGGAUUACUCACUCUGAGAUAUUCAAGACACGCACCUGAAUCUGAACCAAAGAGGAUCAAUAUCAAUUAA